AUGCCUUCCUCCUCCUCUUCAUCCGUCCGGGUCCGGCAGAGGAAGCUCCCGGGGGCCGAGAGCUUGGUCUCUUUGCUGCUCAGUCAGAACGAGGUCGACGCGCUCUGUGAGAAGCACGGCGUCCCCAAGGAGUUCAAGGCGCGCCCUGCCGGCGACCUGCGCCUGAACUCGGUGCCGCCGCCGGGAGCCGUCUGCGUGUACGUGCACGCGCUGAAGGCCGGGAUGCGCUUCCCGCUGCACGGCUUCUUCUGCCAGGCGCUCGCCCACUUCGGCAUCGCGCCGGCCCAGCUCACGCCCAACGGGUGGCGCAUCAUGGCGGGCUUCCUCGCGCUCUGCCAGUCCGCCGGCGUGCCGCCGUCGCUCGCGGUGUUCCGGCACUUCUUCACGGUGUCCAUCGUCAACCACAAAGAAAAAGGCUGGUACUUUUUCCGAUCCAAGGACAACUCCGGCUUGCGCUUCGCGGGUCUGCCGACUCCCAGAUCGGACUGGAGAAAACUCUUCUUCUUCCUCUCGUCGACGGAGCCGUGGCCUUGCCCGGUGGAGUGGGGCGAGCCGUCCAAGACAUCUUUCGUGGAGCCAUUGCUCACGGAGGAGGAGCGUCUGUGGGCGAGCAAGCUGUUGAGUGCUCACGGCGGCGCCGCCAUUGAUCUCAACACAGAUCUUCGCGGAAGCAACCUUGCCGCCGCCGCCAUGAGCACCACCACACCGCCAGCGCCGCCUUCUACUACUCGCAUUGAUCCCCAAAUCUACGACAUGGUGAAAACUAUGUAUGCCGAGAAGGCAGCCGCGCAGUCGGCAAAGAAGGUGAAAGUCGAGCCAGGCAGUGAAGCGCCGGUGUUGCCCCCUUUGUGCGGGGAGAAGAAGGGUCCGGAGGAAGCUAACGACGGCGAGGAAAAUGCGCCUCCCACUGUGGUGACCGCCGUGUUUUCCCCACCGCGGGGAUUCUCCGGGAAGCCACAGCAUUUCCCGGACAGCACGGACUGGGAGGCUGCACGGGAUCUUCUGCACGGUGCCAUCACGCCGUCGCAGAAGCGCGUGUUCGCGGCGACGGAGCCUUCCGGCAUGGUCGCGUCGAGCUAUGUUGAGUUUCUGCGGGCCACGAACUACGUGUCCUUCUGCUUGGGCAACGCGCUGGCGCUGGAGAAGAAGCUGGUGGAGCGGGACGCGGAGAUCGCCGCGCUACGGGGGCAGCUGGAGGAGACGAACCGGGAGCUCGCCGCGGCGAAACGGGCGGAGGAGACGGAGCGGGAGAAUGCAGAGGCGACGGAGGCGAUCCAGCAGCUCCUGGGGUCAGAGGAGCGCGUGCGGCGGCUCGCUGAGCACGCGCUGGAGGGGUACCAGCGCUGGAAGGAUGGCCGAGCGGCACACACAACAUGA